AGUCGCUGAACUAAGAAAUGGCGGCCGCAUCGAACCUGGUGGUGAAAACGCAGUCCCAUAGUUUUCCUCUGCUGGCAGUGGCAGCUCAAAUCAGUGAAAAGUUGAACUUUUUUCACCCGAAGCAUUGGUUUUACGCCGCGGAUCGCCCAUUUCCGGUGUUUGCACGUGGUUUCGAGUGGUGCUAAAGUGUUUUUUCCAGCAGACGGGAAAAGUAGUUUUUCGCCAUCGGUGGGGAUUGGGAAAAUAUUUGUUACAUAAGAAUUCCUUCGAUUCGGCUGGAGAAGGGUCAUUAUUUUGUGGAUGUGAAUUCGGAAAUAGCCUUUCUACGACGAGUGCAAUGAGUGUUGGAUCGAAUUCAAAAAGUGUUUGCUGAAAUAAAUCGACAAGAAAUCAGUGUCUCAAAAUGUGAAACUUAAUCUCAAGUCAGUGCCCAGCGAGCUAUUGAACUCGUAAAAACAUCAUAAAGCGUGUGAAGGUAUCAAGUGGCUGUUCUUAAGGAUCCCUUCUGGUCAUGGUAGAGGUUAUGUAAUUUUCAACCUUCCAUUUCUCCACGUACGACAACGCACUGGAACCCAUUUGCGGUGCUUUCUAGUAGAAAGAUACUCAGAAAUUGUGCAAGAUAUACAUACUACAUUAUCAUACCAUCCAUUCAAUUAAGCAAGAGCACAACUACCGUGGUCUAAGUGUUUCUGACGCUCCACCGUGUGAGUUUCGGACAGACAAGUCAACAGCACCCCAAUCAUUCCACAAACGACGUCGAAAGUGGUCACAACGGCCGCAACUUGAGUACACAAAAAAACCGCACCCACGCACAUACAAAACCACACACAAACUAAGCCAAACUUUGUCAAUUCUGCGAUGUUCCAUCGAUGAGGGGCGGCGGUCAUCAAAGCACGAUACUAAUUCUUCCUGGAAUUCAUUAGGAAUCGUCAAUAGCCACAACGACAACGUCGUCAGCGCUCGAAGCAGCGAUAAUCACUCCAGGAUAGCAUUAUAUGCCUAAAACCGUUGUCAACUGCUGGAGGUGAAACUUGGGCACAACUUCACCUCAUCAUCUACCGAAAUGGUGGCACACUCCUUGCAGCAGGAGGUAAAUCUAUCCCGCCGCGCCUGUAGGAUCCCCAAGUGGCCCCUCUCUGGUGCACAGCAAGAAGAAGAAAAUGAUGAAGAAGUGUUAGAAGAACAACUGCUGAAUGGUGCUAAUCAAUCGCCUGCUAGUGAAGUCGCUGCAUUUCGCUUAGGGCUUGUGCAUAGUGAAAAUAGCCCCGGCGGCAUCGAUGAAGAUCCUUUGAGUUUCCGCAACCGUCGAAUGCACGACGGCAGAAUGGGAUCGGUAGUGGAUUUUAGUUGUGAUUUGGUUGCGCGUGUUUUUCUGUUAGUUAAGGCAUUAGUGAUGGGUGUGUUAAGGUUCGACCUGACGAGUCCUAAGCGUGCCAGCAGUAGUAGUAGCAACAGCAGUAGUUACGGUAGCCAUUUUAGCCAGAAUCUAGUGAAAUGGUGCACGUGGGCGAUUGUGUUGAGUGUCGUUUUGGCCAAUCAUGGUGGUUUCGUGUUAGCUAGGCCCAAAAAUGGGGUUGUGACGGCGGAUGGCGUGGAUGCGGCUUCUGUGGCUUCCGGGCAGUGGGAACUGCUGACGCCACAACCGGGUAUGCAUUUCGGCUCCGUGGGGCCCAGCGAAAGUCAAUUCAAGCGUUCCGCUGAGUUAGCGUCAUCUACUAUUGUAUCGUCAACAGUGUCAUCGGAUGGCGCCGUCGGUGGCCAAAUCAGUGGAUCGCUCAGUUCCGUCAAGCAGCAGGACGACCAAAGCCAUGUUGGGGAACUUGGUGACGCGAGUCACGGGGAAGGCCACGAGGUGGAACGAUAUCCGGUUGCACAGGUGGAAUUCUCUCGCGUCGAAACACCGUUCGUGAUCGGUGUCUGGAUUCUGUCGGCCAGUAUUGCGAAAAUCGGUUUCCACAUGACGCCGAAGCUGAGUAAAAUCUUCCCCGAGUCCUGUCUGCUGAUCGUGGUCGGCGUCAUCAUCGGCGUGUUGCUGCGGUACGCCACAAACCUGCACGUGUCCCCGCUGACGCCGAACACGUUCUUCUUCUACAUGUUGCCACCCAUCAUCCUCGACGCGGGAUACUUUAUGCCAAAUCGGAUGUUUUUCGACAACAUCGGUACUAUCCUACUAAUGGCUGUGAUCGGUACAAUAUUUAAUAUUGCCACUAUCGGUGUUUCGCUUUGGGCGUGUGGACUGACCGGCAUUUUCGGAGUGGAUCUGCCAUUUUUACACGUAUUCCUGUUUUCGUCGCUGAUUUCCGCCGUCGAUCCGGUGGCGGUUCUGGCCGUGUUUGAGGAAAUUCACGUCAACGAAGUGCUGUACAUCGUCGUGUUUGGCGAAUCGUUACUAAACGAUGCUGUCACGGUUGUGAUGUAUCACAUGUUCGAGUCAUACAAUGAGAUUGGCGCCAGCAAUAUCCAGGUGGUGGAUAUCGUUUCGGGUGUUGCGUCGUUCUUUGUGGUUGCCCUCGGUGGCACCAUCAUCGGUGUAAUCUGGGGCUUCCUUACCGGGUUGGUGACACGAUUCACCGACCACGUACGAGUCAUCGAGCCUAUCUUCAUCUUUGUGAUGGCCUACCUGGCGUAUCUGAAUGCUGAAAUCUUCCACAUGAGCGGCAUCCUGGCCAUCACCUUCUGCGGCAUCACGAUGAAGAACUACGUCGAGCAGAACGUGUCGCACAAAUCGCACACGACCAUCAAAUACGCACUGAAAAUGCUGUCCUCGUCAGCCGAAACGAUCAUCUUCAUGUUCCUGGGCGUGGCCACCGUCAACAAUCGGCACAUCUGGAAUACCUGGUUCGUCAUAUUGACAAUAGUGUUCUGUUCUGUUUUUAGAAUCAUAGGUGUAUUAAUAUUAUCAGCGAUGGCAAAUCGUUUUAGGAUACAUAAAUUAUCUAAAGUAGAUCAAUUUGUUAUGUCUUACGGAGGCCUUCGAGGUGCUGUGGCAUUUGCUUUAGUGUUACUGGUUUCUACGGACCACAUUCCGCUGCAGCCGAUGUUUGUGACGACCACGAUUGCGGUCAUCUACUUUACAGUAUUCCUGCAAGGCAUCACUAUCAAACCACUAGUCAGGGUGUUGAACGUGAAGCGCGCCAACAAGCGGAAACCGACGAUGAACGAGCGAAUUCACGAGAGGUUCAUGGAUCACACGAUGGCGGGUAUUGAGGAUAUCGUCGGAAAAACGGGCAAUUACAACAUUAGGGAUAAGUUUAAGAGAUUCGACAAUAGGUUCAUUCGUCCAUACCUUAUUAAGAAUUUACAAGGUCCUGAACCAAAAAUUUUAGAAACCUAUUCUAAGCUUACGAUGCGCGACGCGAUGGAUUACAUGCGCCGGAACCCGUCCACGAUCGGUCAGAUGUCCGGCACCGAAUCGAUGAGCGCCCUCUUCCGAAACUACACCGGUGUCUUUGGUGGAAGGUGCGGAGCAUCCUUCUUGGCCACUUGCCCGAGCUUUUCCAAUUUGGAGAACUCCACACGCAACUUGGACAUGCAGGAACUGGAUUACAAUCCGUCUAAGAAGGAUUUGACUGAUGCUCGAAUUCAUCACUUGCUAUCGGUGGAACUGAAACCAUACCGAAGGACACGAAGACUGAGCUACAGUCGCCAUGCGGUGGACGAUCGGGACUUAUCUACUCAGGUGAACUACAAGAUGCAAAUGAACAUUCGCAGAAUGAUUAGUGAGAAGAAACAUAAGCGCAGCAAGCGUGGCAAGGACGGCAAAACGCAGAACCACGUGUCGUUCCCCGAGCUGCCACAGAACGGAUCCGCCAAACAGUUUGCGAACGACUACAUCAACGAAGUUCUGCAUGAAGAUAAUGAGGACGAGGAUAAGCUGCCAACUGCUGCCGGCGACGACUGGGAUGGUGGUGGCUUAACGUUCACCGCAAAAUCGUCUCCCGAAUCGCCGGCAAGCGUGCGGUUACGUUCCACCAAUGCCAACGGUGACAACGGUGCCAACGGUGGGCCCGAGGCCACCAGUAGCAAAAAUAGCUCACUGAUCGCACAAAUCACGAGCCUGCCGGGAUUCGAUCCGACGAAGGCACGCAUUGUCAAGCACGUUUCAAGCAAGUUCACUCCCUCCUCUUCCAAUACUAACAUCGGCGCGAGCGGCCAGGCCAAUGACGUGGCAAAUCCCCAACCAACCAGGCCUACCCUCGAGCGCCCGGAACGGCUCUUGCCAACGGCUGCCGAAUCGUUCCUUCCCUGGCGAAGGGAUCGAUCGUAUCAGAGCUUUGUGGAUGAAAAAUCCGAACAACCAAAGAACGAUAAACGCAUGUCGAAGGACUUACGGGAUCUAGAAGCGGCGGAAAAUCGCGUCACGACGCCCACCGCAAUCGAAGCAGUGCUUCCCUGGAAACGUGUCGACGAAGACGACGAAAAUGGUGCUAUUAAACAGAACGAGUUCCCAUCGUGGGCCUCAAACAAGGAGUAUUUAGCUUAUAAUUCACCAAGUGCAACAUUUUUAGGUGGCCUAACACAACCUAAACAGGCUAAGUCUGUAAUAGGUCUUUUCCGGCGCGAGAGUUCCGGUUCCGGUGGGUUCGUCAUUGGCGGGGUAACGGAUUCCGAGACAUCGACCCCGGUGACGGCGACGACGCCGAUCGGCCGCGCCAAAAAGGAUAAACGAUCGGCGUCGAUCGCCGGCUACAUCACAUUCCCCGGUUCGAGCGACGCCGGGGACGAUCCGUUGGGCGUUUCCAGAGCUGUGGUGUCCCAUGCCAACGCCUUCCCGGUUACGGCCAGCCACAGGCGCAACAAUCGACGAGGCUCACUGCUGGAGCUUAGCGGACUGCUAGUGACUGGACGACGACCGAGCCGUUUCUCGUUGGAACCUUUCCCAGCUCCUCCGCUCGAGGAUGACGAAAAGGUCGAGGAUUCAAAGCCCCAGAAAGAUUAAACCCACAACAUUCCCCCACAAUUUUUCCCCCGGGCCAUCCGGCAGAUCCUUGAAACGAGAUUUCGACCAACGACCAAUCGCUUCAAACAAACGCGCGUACUUGUUACGACCUGGUGGAAGCUGACCGAACCCAGCACCAAAGAAAACCUAAAACGACGUUUAUAGCAUAUUAUUUGCUUGUGUAUAUGUGCGACUCCGGCAGAAUAUUUUACUAAGAUUAAGGGUCAGCAUAACAUAAGAUAGGAUCAGUCAUACCUGUUAGGGCACCAUUCCGGUCAUUGCAUGUUGAGAGGAGUCACAGUCAAUAAUCAGGACGGACUUGAGCUGUUGUGAAUCACAAUGGGAAUCAUUUCGAUUAUAAGUUGAAAUAUGUUUCAUUCUAACAAAAGUCUUAUGCAUGAAUUGCUAAACUUAAUGGUAUUACAAUUGGACGUGGUAUUCAAAAAUCUAUGAUUGAAACUAAACGAUGCAUGCUCGUAGUGUAGAUAUUUCGUAAUGUACUUAUGAUUUAAAACGUAGUAUUAAAAAUGUAGAUCUAACGGUAGACUAGAUUUUGAGAGGACGUUACCCAAGAUUCGAUUACUAACAUCAAGUAUAUAGGUUACACCGCAGUCUUUAGCGUUUAGUUUUGUAAGGUAUAACUAAUCGAAGUACUAUCCCUCCUCUUGUAAAAAUUCCAGUAAAGAGACUUAUUUGCCUUAAAUCUCUCAGAUGAGCCGCUAACUAAGAUAACAGUUUACUAUAUAUCGCUUGUGUAUUUCUCCGAAACAGGUACAGCACAUCCAACGAUGUCGAUUUUACUCUUGUCUCCCAUCGUCGCUUGUCGAUGAAAUGCUGGUACAUUUAGCUAACUUUUCUAGCCAUUUAGCACGUUUUGUUCAUGAACUCAUUUCGAACCAAGAUAUCACACGGUUCAACAAAAGGCUCCAUGUGGUCUAUGCUUUAUAGUUCUGAUUGCAUUAGUUUUUAAUUGAUGAUCGUAAUUGAGUGUCAUGGUCACAAUGACCGUCAUGCUUUAUACAUGGAAAAAAAAUCGUCCUCAAAUCCCUUAACAGCUGUAAUGAACUCAAGAAUCGUUUAUGAGAACGUGACGGUAGUUCACGAUGUAUUUUUGAUGGUUUAAGUUUUCUGGAACUCUUUUUUUAACAUGAGAAUACUGAUCAUUUCCUCCAAAAGAAUUAUAUAUUUAUUUGGUACUACAUCAAAUAACUUG